ACACAGAUAGGAUGUUCAUCGAAUAUGUUGACAGGACAAAAAGUUGAAACUGUUGGCAGAAACCCAAAGUCAAUAUUGAAGCCAAGCAAAAUAGUGCCCGCAGUGCCACAUUAGAACAGCUUGAAGACUGUUCAUUUUUAAGUGACAAGAGACCCUCACCUCCACAGAAGCAAUUGUGUUUUCAGAAUGUUUUUAUGCAAGCAAUCAACUUACCUCAUUUCCUUGUUUGCUACAGUUUCCUGUGGGUGUCUGACUCAACUAUAUGAAAACACCUUCUUCAGAGGUGGGGAUGUAGCCUCUAUGUACACCCCAAAUGCCCAACACUGCCAGAUGAUGUGUACGUUCCACCCAAGGUGUUUGCUAUUCAGUUUUCUUCCAGCAAGUUCAGUCAAUGACAUGCAUAAAAGGUUUGGUUGCUUCUUGAAAGACAGUGUUACAGGAACCCUGCCAAAAGUACAUCAAACAAGUGCAAUUUCUGGACAUUCCUUAAAGCACUGUGGUCAUCAAAUAAGUGCUUGCCACAGAGACAUUUAUAAAGGAAUUGAUAUGAGAGGAGUCAAUUUUAAUGUGUCUAAGGUUAGCAGUGUUGAAGAAUGUCAAAAACGGUGCACCAAUAACAUUCGCUGCCAGUUUUUUUCAUAUGCCACGCAAACAUUUCACAAUGCAGAGUACCGGAACAAUUGCCUCUUGAAGCACAGUCCUGGAGGAACACCUACGAGUAUAAAGGUGCUGGAUAACGUGGAAUCUGGAUUCUCACUGAAGCCUUGUGCGCUUUCAGAGAUUGGCUGCCGCAUGGACAUCUUCCAACAUCUUGCGUUCUCAGACGUGGAUGUUGCCAGGGUUCUCACCCCAGAUGCUUUUGUGUGUAGGACCAUCUGCACCUAUCAUCCCAACUGCUUCUUCUUUACAUUCUAUACGAACGCAUGGAAAACAGAGUCACAAAGAAAUGUUUGUUUUCUUAAAACAUCUGAAAACGGCACACCAAGUUCCUCUACUCCUCAAGAAAACACCAUAUCUGGAUAUAGCCUUUUAACCUGCAAAAGAACUCUACCUGAGCCCUGCCAUUCUAAAAUUUACCCAGGAGUUGACUUUGGAGGAGAAGAACUGAAUGUGACUUUCGUUAAAGGAGUGAAUGUUUGCCAAGAGACUUGUACAAAGAUGAUUCGCUGUCAGUUUUUCACUUACUCUUUACUCCCAGAAGACUGUAAGGAAGAGAAGUGUAAGUGUUUCUUAAGAUUAUCUUCGGAUGGUUCUCCAACUAGGAUUACGUAUGGGACACAAGGGAGCUCUGGUUACUCUUUGAGAUUGUGUACAACUGGGGAGAGCUCUGUCUGCACAACAAGAACAAACGCACGCAUUGUUGGAGGAACCAACUCUUCUUUGGGAGAGUGGCCCUGGCAGGUGAGCCUGCAGGUGAAGCUGGCAGCUCAGAGGCACCUGUGUGGAGGAUCACUCAUAGGGCACCAGUGGGUCCUCACCGCUGCCCACUGCUUUGAUGGGCUGCCCUUACCGGAUGUUUGGCGCAUUUAUAGUGGCAUUUUAAAUCUGUCAGACAUUACAAAAGAAACACCUUUUUCACAAAUAAAAGAGAUUAUUGUUCACCAAAACUAUAAAAUCUCAGAAGAGCAUCAUGAUAUUGCCUUAAUAAAACUCCAGGCUCCUUUGAAUUACACUGAAUUCCAAAAACCAGUAUGCCUGCCUUCCAAAGGUGACACAAAUACAGUUUAUAGUAACUGCUGGAUAACCGGAUGGGGCUUCUCGAAGGAAAAAGGUGAAAUCCAAAAUAUUCUACAAAAGGUAACCAUUCCUUUGGUGACAAAUGAAGAAUGUCAGAAAAGAUAUCAAGAUUAUAAAAUAACCAAACAGAUGGUCUGCGCUGGCUAUAAAGAAGGCGGAAAAGACGCUUGUAAGGGAGAUUCAGGUGGUCCCUUAGUUUGCAAACACAACGGAAUGUGGCAUUUGGUGGGCAUCACCAGCUGGGGUGAAGGCUGUGCCCGCAGGGAGCAACCUGGUGUCUACACUAAAGUCGCUGAGUACCUGGGCUGGAUUUUAGAGAAAACGCAGGGCAGUGAUGGAAAAGCUCGGAUGCGGUCACCAGCGUGAGGAAUAGCCCAGAGUAGAGGCGAUUUUUACAACCUGGGUUCAAGUCAAACUCUGAGCCUGGGGGUCAUCUGCAAAGCAUGGAGAGUGGCAUCUACUUUGCAUCCUGUCAUAAGGACAAAGGACAGCGUCUUGCUGAGGCCAGCUCUCGGCAUUCAGUAACUGGGAGCUGGUACUGCGAGGCUGCAACUGAACGUCUCCAUGAUUGCGUGUUGUGAAAUAAAUGGUAAAAGAUCA